UUCUACCUAUGGUGUCAGGCCCGGCGCCCUGCCGGGCAGUCCCGCCCUUGUCCUCGGGCGGCCAUGGCGGGGAUGGCCGGCCGGCUCGCCAGGUGCUGGUACUCCGGGUUUCUCCGCAGCCCCCUGCAGGUCCCAGCCCUUGGGCUUCACGUGGGUGGCCCCGCCAUGCAAACCAGCCAGAAGGACUUUAACAAUGCGGUGAGCCAGUUGAAGCUCCUGAAGGAGGAUCCUGGCAAUGAGGUGAAGCUGAAACUCUACGCACUCUACAAGCAGGCCACUGAAGGACCUUGUAACGUGCCCAAACCAGGUAUGCUGGACUUUAUCAAUAAGACCAAAUGGGAUGCAUGGAAUGCUCUUGGCAGUCUGUCCAAGGAAGCUGCCCGACAAAACUACGUGGACUUGGUGUCCAAGCUGAGUGCUUCCUCUGAGUCCCCCAGCCCAGAGGCCCCUGCAGCAGACAGGAAGCAACCGGGAAGCGAUAGCCUGGUGGUGACCUCCGAAGACGGCAUCACCACCAUCAGGCUGAACCGUCCAACCAAAAAAAAUGCUCUCACCACUCAGAUGUAUCAUGACAUCAUAGCUGCACUUCAGGCUGCAAGCAAGGAUGAGUCAGCCAUAACUGUUUUAACAGGCAGCGGGGACUACUUCUGCAGCGGGAACGACCUGACCAACUUCACGAACCUGCCGGCCGGCGGCCCGGAGGAGAUGGCCAGGAGCAGCGAGGUCCUGCUGAGGGAUUUCGUCAACUGUUUCAUAGACUUCCCGAAGCCUCUGGUGGCCGUGGUCAAUGGUCCGGCCGUGGGGAUCUCCGUCACCGUCCUCGGGCUGUUUGACGUCGUGUAUGCGACCGACCGGGCAACCUUUCACACCCCGUUCAGUCACCUGGGCCAGAGUCCGGAAGGCUGUUCCUCUUACACUUUCCCCAGGAUAAUGGGCUCAAGCAAGGCGGCAGAGAUGCUCCUUUUUGGGAAGAAGUUAACGGCCCAGGAAGCAUGUGCCCAAGGACUCGUUACCGAAGUUUUUCCUGACAGCACUUUUCAGAAAGAAGUUUGGGCCAGGCUGAAAGCAUAUUCAAAGCUCCCCCCAAAUGCCAUGAGAAUUUCCAAGCAGAUCAUCAGAAACAGGGAGAAAGAAAAGUUGCACGCGGUCAACGCGGAAGAAAGCAAUGUCCUGAGGGAGAGGUGGCUGUCAGACGAGUGCAUGAACGCCAUCGCGAGCUUCCUGUCCAGAAAGACGAAGCUCUGACGGCCGCGUGGCAGCGGAGCUGGGCGCCUCCAGGGAAGCGUUGUACCGCUGCUCCCGCUUGUCAGCCCCCGAGCCGAAUAAAGUUUGCUGUGCCUUCUUUCAGUGCUUAAAUACCAGUUGCUAUGAUUGUAUUGUG